AUGGCAGAGGUUACCGUAGGACAAGUGGCGGGUAUCAUCGCCUUCAUUCUGAUCAUUGUCCAGAUUAUCACCCCGCUGGUCCUGGGGCUUCUCUUGGCCGGAUACACCCGCGACUCUGAGACCGCGAGCACAUGGACCCGACUCGGCCAGCGACUGUUCACGACGCUCUGGCCGUCACUUAUUGGCAGUGACGUUCGGGGAGGUUCUCGCAACCUACGAUUCGUGAUCAAGAUUCUUGCCGCCUGCUUUCCCGUACUCUCACUGCUCCUCGCCAUAGCCGGUAUCGUGACACCCCUUGGCCUCAGGGAACAACUUAACACGCUUGCCUCCGAGCAAGGCAAUUUUGUCUACGCCCAGGACACCAGUGAUAUUCUCCAGCGGGACGAAGGGGAUGCGUUCAACUAUCUCCAAUUUUUUGAUAUUGAGUGGCGUCAACUCACCAACACCCUUACUGAAUAUGUGAAUGGUGGCAACCCCUACGAUAGUGGCAUGUACCGCCAACUCGACUCGUUCAUCCUGGAUAAUGAGUACAAAAUCCUAGAGGGCCUCGUGGUAGAUGCUAAGAUUGGUGGUAUCGGUUUUCGAAAUCAUACGGUGCCUAUUGACUUGGGCCGUGGAGGCACUUGGCAGGAAGAUCUCCUCUUUAUCGAGCCGGAGGUUGCGUGUGUCAACACCAAUUUAACUAUCGAGUUUGAAAUAACCAGGAACAGUAGUAUUCGUGGGGAUAUCGAGAAUCUUCGGCUUAUCGACCGCGGUGGUUUCGUCAAUCUCAACACAACCUAUCCCGUCCUCGACCUCGAGAGGUCACAGGAGAACCCUGAGCUGCUGUUGAGGGCAUACAAAGGGGCCUUCCUAAACAAUGCACAGACGAUGCUAGUCCUGAAUGUGACCAACCCGAACGACGAGAAGAAGGGCAUCAAGUCCUUCUCGUACAUGAACUCCAAGAUCGGGCAGGAAUUUGAACUAGCGCCCUUAGCUGGUGAUAACUAUGACGCUUUGGGGCUCUCCUGGGAAUAUGGCAACUACCUUCACAUGGAGAGCCUAAACUCGUCACUUUUCAAAGUCCCGAAGUACCCAAACCCGUUCAACAUGACCCGUGACGACUUCAAGUCUAUCACCGUUCUCUGCAGUGGUUCCGGGAAUGCGGAUUUGGCAACGGCCUCUAAUAUUUUUGUUGCAUGUGGGCUCCUUCGAGGUGCGCCUGUCCGUGUGGAUGGCGGUCCCCAGGCUCUCCUUGAACACGGAUCUAAGUGGGCCAGUCAACUGCAUUCAUGUGCAGCAACUGUUCGAGCGACAAUCAAAACCGUCACUUUUUCCUACAAUGGGACCGCGAAUGGCGCUCUCGCCGGCCUCCAUGUUGACGAUAUCGAGCCUAAAAGGUACGAGAGCGAGGAAGAUUACCCGCUGUGGGGCUACGAGGAGACCGGUUUGAACGUCUCUGGGGUGGAUCCUCUCUGGGGUCUUAUCAGCCCGGAGUAUUCUUCGCGUCCCAAUGUUUCGAGUUUACGACAGCCAUCCCUAUACCUCCCUGGCUACCAAGACACAGUAGGGUUCAAUGGAUUCUCAAUCGGUUCCAACCUCCCAGGCAGCCAGUUCCCUUCCCAAGCCAUGAACCAAGCUUUCGAGCUUGGUGAAGGCGGCUGGCCUUUCGACCUGCUUGGCACAGCAAGUAUCUCGAUCUUCAACAGGUGGCAAACGCUUUCAGCCAACUCUUCUAAUGCAGCAGGGAUCAUCAAACUUAUCUGGACAGACCUAGCAGCUUCUGCCGUGGUUGGAACCAAGGGAACACUAGGUUCUCUUAAUCUUAGUCCUGAAGCAGAGAGGACCCCGAUUCAAGUGCGCCCCAUUGGGUUACGAGUUACAUACAACUUUCUCUACGGAAUUCCUGCAUUCAUUCUGUUACUAUUUCUUAUUUCGCUCUCGGCAUUCCUUUUCGUGUCCCUUUGCUUCGGAAAGGUCAGCCUCCAGAAGCUCCGGUACCGACUUGCACAGGUAUCCGCAGGCAGAAUUUACGCGUCCUCGCUCUAUCCUAACACUUCGAAUCUUAUUAUGCCGAGCAAAGCCUGGCAGGCUGCUAAUGGCGAUAAGAUCAUUGUGGUCGGUCACACGGCGAGGGCCACGACUGCACCGUUAAUGCAAGGUUCAACUGCGCCUGUAUACACGCAUCAGGAGCAAAAACAGCCGUAUCAAUAUUAA